UUUAUUYUAGUUUCGUUGUGUUCACAUCAAAAUUGAACGAUUUCGAUUUAAAGUGAAAUGAAGUCUUUUGGCUUAUUUUUGGUGAUUGUUGGCCUGGUUAUUAUACAUGAAGGCAAAACAACAAACCACCAGUCAAAAUCAAUCGUCUUGACUGUCUCUGCUAGUAGAAAUGAUCAAAAGGUUUUGUUGGCAAUCAUCAACAUGCUUCGCGAGAUCAAGAAGGCAAAAGGAACUCCCCACAAAGUGUUGAAAAACUGUGCCGAGCUCUACAAACGUGGRUUCAAAAGAAGUGGUGUAUAUACCAUUGACCCUGAUGGAAAAGGGAAAUUUAAGGUUUACUGCGAUCAGAAGACUGCUGGUGGAGGAUGGACAGUUUUCCAAAAAAGACAAGACGGUUCGGUGGACUUCUACCGAGGAUGGAAUGAUUAUAAGAAUGGAUUUGGGAAUCUAAAUGGAGAGUUCUGGUUGGGUCUCGAUAAGAUCCAUCGGUUGACCAAAGAACGAAAACGCCUUCGAGUUGACCUGGAGGAUACCAAAGGAAAGACAGCGUAUGCCGAGUAUAGCUCCUUUGCUGUGACCAGUGAACGAACCAAGUACAAGCUGAGUCUUGGGUCCUAUUCAGGUACAGCAGGCGAUUCAUUAUCCGGUCAUCGCAGUAUGGCUUUCACCACAAAAGAUCGUGAUAAUGAUAAGUGGAGUAAUAACUGUGCUGUAAAGUACAAGGGUGCCUGGUGGUACAAAGCUUGCCACGACUCCAACCUUAAUGGUCUGUACCACCACGGUAAGCACAAUUCCGACGGUGACGGUGUGAACUGGCGUAAUUGGAAGGGUCAUUACUAUUCUGCUAAGAGAGCUGAGAUGAAGAUAAGACCAGUUUAGUCAUUGUCAGUCUGUUGUACCAACUGACGACAAAAUAAACAUGAUUUGAAAACAG